UUUUUUUUUUCUAUGCAUUUCACAUCGAAAUAAGAAAUAGUACUGAUACUAGGUAUAAAAAACAUAGUAAAUUAAAUAAAAAAGUAGUAAAUUUGAAAUUAAAUGGAUAAAGAAAUAGUGGGUUCCAUAGUUCAAGUGUGUGGAAAGGCAUUAGUAUAGCUAUUUGUGUUAAUGAUGGUAGGCGGCCAAGAUUUUGAUGGGAAAGUUGAGUGGGGGAGAGUUGUGUGAAAGUAUCAUCUCCUUUGUUGUGCAGUUUAGCCUUUCAUAGGAAUGCUAUAGUUGUAGACUUGUGGGAUAGGGGUAGAGGAGAUCAAUGUUGGUGUAAUUAAGAACACCUUUCAUGAUUGAGAGUUGGAGAGGGUAUCCUAUUUUUUUAGAGCUUAUUUAUACAACAAAAAUGCAACAAUUAGGAGAAGAUAUCUUAGUUUGGAAGUAGGAUAGGAAAGGAAACUUCAACGUCAAAUCGUACUACAGUUCUUUGUGUGUUGAUACUAGAGUGAAGUCCCCAACUAAGGAAAUUUGGGGCACUCGAGCUCCUUUGUGCUCACUUUUUUUCUUAGGAAGCAGUAUGAGAGAAGAUUUUAAUUACAAACAUGUUAACGAAGAGGGGGUAAUCGAUGGUUAAUAGAUGCAGUCUAUGUAAAGAGAGCGAAGAGUUUGUUGAUUUAUUGUACAACUACAAAGUUGUUAUGGAUGUUCCUCUUAGCAAGCUUUGGGAUGAAAUGGGUGUUUCCAAAGACUAUGAGAAAUUUGCUCCUCAAAUGGAAGGAAGGUUAAGGGAAUGGAUAAGAAGAGACACCAUGUUCGGUGAAUGGCUCCCUUGUGUUUGUUCUAGUGUAUAUGGCAAGAUGUUAUUGUUGAAUCUUUAAGGGUGAAGAGCUCUCAGAUCAAAGGUUAAAGGAGAACUUCACUAGAACCCUCUUAUAGUGGGUUCAAAUACUUCAUUAGAUUUGGGAAACUUCUCAGUGUUUGACAUUUUGGGUAGUCUUAGCUGCAGGUAGAUUAGGUUUUGUGGCUGUUUUUUCUUAGAUACUUGUCAGUAUUCUUUGAUAGGUUUUUUUGUGUACACUACAUAUAUACAUAUGGUGCACCCCAUUUUCUUGGCCCUCUUUAAUAGAAUCCUCUGUUUGCUUAUAAAAAAAAAGGAUUUUAUUUUCAUUCUGGCUUUGGCUUGGACACACCAGAUAUUGGAUAUAUAUACAGAGGGCUUACAUAUAAAUUCUUGUGUAAAUUUUUGUUCUUUGUUGACUUUUAUGGUUAAAAGAGACACAUGUAUGCACAACUGGUGUAGUCAUGCUGUUACUUGAGAAUUUCUCAUGGAAAUCUCUGCUUUGAGGAAACAAUUUUCCCUCGUCCAUAUGAAAUUUAUGGGAACAAAGGUGAAUCUUGAUUGAAGCACAGGGAUUUUACAGGUGUUUUGCUGUGGCAUAUCUUGAAGAUAGAAAGUUGGCUCCCUUAGUACCAGUUGGGGGACCUUGCUUUUCUAAGAUUUCAACUUCCUCACACAAUGACAGAAUUCCUGGUUACAGGGUUUGUAAAUUCAAUAAUAAGGCAACUUUGGUGAGAUCCUGGGGAAUUGUACCAAGAAAGCUUGUAUUUCUUGGAUUUGAACAGUUGUUAGAACAACUUGGCAUGCAACUCUUUUCAGAGUUCUUGUCAUUACAAGCUACUUCUCCUGUUUCUAUACAAUAAUCUUCUCAAAGGUAUAGAUGGAAGAUUUCAAAUUCUGAGUUUAUACUAUAUUUUUGUGGAGUUAUCCACUGUCUUCUGAGUUCUGAUGCAUUUGAAAAGAAAGUAGGAUGGCUGAUCUGAGUUGCCCAAUUUAGAACCAGUCGAUCUCAUAACAAUGAGGAAAAAGCAUUCAUGAAUUCCAGCAAAAGCUUUUCAGUACUUAUGCUUACCAUGUAAAAGAAUUCAUUAAUCCCGAUAAAGAGGCCCCUAAAAUUAUGUCAACCAAAAAAGGUGUCUAGUUGAUUAGGGCAGAUGUCAGUAUGGUUAGGACGAAUGUCAGGAUGUGUGGUAGAGACGUACAUUCCUGGUUCCAUUUUUGUUGCUGGUUGAAUGCCCUGCAUUACCUUAUGCUGGUUGUGGCGGGAUGCAGUCACUAUCCUGAGGUUUGGGGCCUCGUGGAGAAUCCAAAAGGCUUGGUUAUGGUAGGUUUUUGAGUUAUCCAAAAGAAUUCCAUAAACUUAAUAAAAAUCACUAACAGAAAAUUAAUAUAUAUGUCGUUAUAAAGAACCGUGGCAGUAACGAAAUCUAAUGCUAAUCAAAUAGUUGGGAAAUGAUAAAAAAUCACUGGGUCCUACCAGAAUCCAGAUGCCUUUGAUUAAAUAAUUAAGUGAAUGAGUUCAAACGUUAAGCUUAAGACCUUAUCAUAGAACAUUAACUUGUUCUGUUUCUGAGUAUAAUUUUUUUUCUGCUAUAAAAUGCAUGAAGAAUGGAGGUUGUUGCAGUAAGUACUACAAAACCCAUACAUGGCUAAGAUUUCAGCUUCUUCACUUCUGUUGAUUCUAUUAUUUGUCUCAGCAGCUGCAUCAAGAACAAAGAUAUAUUCCAUCAACAAUGAAGAUGUCCAUGCCACUGAUGGUAUUUGCAAAACAAUGGUGGAGAAGCAAGGCUAUGCUUGCCAAGAACACCUGGUAACAACACAAGAUGGUUAUAUUCUUAGCAUGCAGAGGAUUCCAAAGGGGCAAUCUGGGGAGGUCCCAGAUAAGCCACCAGUGCUGUUGCAGCAUGGGCUCUUGAUGGAUGGGAUAACAUGGAUGUUGAAUCCUCCAGACCAGUCUUUGGCAUUUAUUUUGGCAGACAAUGGCUUUGAUGUGUGGCUUGCCAACACCCGUGGGACUAGAUAUAGCCGUGGACAUACAACGCUUAGUCCCAACAAAUCGGCCUACUGGGAUUGGUCUUGGGAUCAAUUAGUUGCAUAUGAUCUUUCUGCUACAUUCCAGUAUGUGAGUGAUCAGACAGGACAGAAGCUUCAUUAUGUUGGGCAUUCCUUGGGGACUUUGAUUGCUUUAGCUGCCUUUUCUCAAGAGAAGCUGGUGAACAUGUUGAGAUCAGCAGCUCUGCUUAGUCCGAUUGCUUAUCUGAAUCAGAUGUCAUCACUGCUUGCAAGAACAGCGGUUGACAUUUUCCUAGCUGAAGACUUGUACUGGUUAGGUGUCUAUGAAUUUGAUCCAAGAGGGGAGGCUGUAGCCAAACUUCUGGAAGCUAUUUGUAAUAAACCGGGCAUCGACUGCACCGACUUGAUGACAUCUUUCACAGGCCAGAACUGCUGCUUGAAUUCUUCAAAUUCAGAUGUCUUUUUGGAGCAUGAACCUCAAUCAACAGCAACAAAGAAUAUGAUCCAUAUAGCUCAGAUGGUUAGGAAUGGAAACAUAGCGAUGUUCGAUUAUGAUGACAAAGAUAAGAACAUGGAACAUUAUGGGCAGCCGACACCUCCCGCAUACAACAUGACGAACAUCCCAAAUGACCUUCCUCUUUUCCUCAGUUACGGAGGGAAGGACAUGCUUUCCGACGUGAAUGAUGUGCAGGUCUUGCUAGACAGUCUCAAAGACCAUGAUGGCGAUAAGCUGGUGGUGCAGUUCAGAGAGGAUUAUGCUCAUGCUGAUUUUGUUAUGGCAGUGAAUGCAAAGCAAGCUGUGUAUGAUCCUCUCAUGGCCUUCUUCAAGCUCCAGUGAGAACAUUGGUUCUAGGCGCACAACCGAGUGAGAGCAAGCCCUUUGUUGAUCUGUAAUCUAUGAUCAGAAUUUUUGUAUCUGAUCAUUGUGUAAUCUAGAAUUCACUUAGAAUGAACCCUUCAAUUGUUUCUCUUUUAAGAACCUUCUCUCCGUCCCAAUCAUAAAAAAACAAAGAUUAUCCUGUUCAAACUUCAUCUUCACUGAUGAAUUUGUCAUUUCUUGUUUAAUUUUGUUUGUUUAAAUGUCUGAUCAUUGAUGGG